CGUAAUCAAAAACACACUCGCCAAUUCAAGGGAAUCGCAGCACGAAUUUUGAAAAGCUGAACCGCGCAUCCACUGCCGGUCUAGCUGUCAAAAUAUGGCGAUUCAGAAAAAGCACGGCAAAGGCCGUUUGGAUAAAUGGUACAAGCUCGCCAAGGAGAAAGGCUAUCGAGCUCGUGCUGCGUUCAAAUUGAUACAACUCAAUAAGAAAUAUGGCUUUCUUGAGAAGAGCAAAGUCGUUCUCGAUCUCUGUGCAGCUCCCGGUUCAUGGUGUCAAGUUGCCUCAGAAUGCAUGCCCGCUGGUAGUCUCAUCAUUGGUGUUGAUCUUGCCCCGAUUAAGCCGAUUCCCCGCGUGAUUUCUUUUCAGAGUGAUAUUACAACAGAUAAAUGUCGAGCGACGAUUCGAACUCAUAUCAAACAUUUGAAAGCAGACACAGUCUUGCAUGAUGGUGCCCCUAACGUCGGUACGGCUUGGGUUCAAGAUGCUUUCUCGCAGGCUGAAUUGGUGCUGCAAUCGAUGAAACUAGCAACCGAGUUCUUGAAAGAAGGUGGAACGUUCGUGACUAAAGUGUUUCGCUCCAAAGACUACAAUCCUCUUUUAUGGGUCUUCAAACAACUCUUCACAUCUGUCGAAGCGACGAAACCUCCCUCGUCUAGAAACGUGUCUGCUGAAAUAUUCGUUGUCUGCCGGGGAUACAAAGCCCCGAAGCGCCUGGAUCCUAAGUUCCUAGAUUCCCGCCAUGUAUUUGCAGAGUUAGCCGACCCGACGCCUAAUAACGAAGCCAAGGUCUUCAACCCAGAAAAGAAAAGGCGCAAAAGAGAAGGUUAUGAGGAGGGUGACUAUACACAGCAUAAGGAAAUAUCCGUUACGGAAUUUAUCAAUACGACAGACCCAAUUGCUAUCCUUGGCAGCUACCAUAAACUCAGCUUCCAACAAUUGCCCAAUGGGGACUUGGCAUUGGCGACUCUUGAGAGACUCGAGGAUACCACCAACGAGAUUCGUACGUGUUGUGAGGAUCUUCGAGUUCUUGGCAAGAAGGAAUUUCGCAAUCUCUUGAAAUGGCGAUUGAAAGUGCGGGAAAAGUUUGGUCUUUCGUCUAAGAAGAAAAAGGACGAGAAUGAAGAAAGUGAAGAGGUGGCUGAUGUUGCGCCAAUGGAUGACGAAUUAGCUAUCCAGGAAGAGCUACAGCGUUUGCGUGACAACGAGAAUGCGGAGAAAAAGAAAGAGAGACGAAAAGAGAAUGAAAGAAAGCGCAAAGACAUAGUUAGGAUGCAAAUGCAUAUGAUCACGCCUACCGACAUUGGUAUGGAACAGGCUGGUAUUGGGGGCGAAUCUAUGUUUGGAAUAAAAGUUGUGAAUCGAGAAGGUGCCGGGGAUAAGAUUGCCUCGGGAGAAAUGGUCGAAUCCGAGUCUGAAGAAGAUGAAGAUGGCCCAAGCAGUGAUGAAGAACCGGAUGAGGAGGAAGACCAGUUAGAACGUGAACUUGAUUCGCUAUACACUUCCUACCAGGACCAACAACAAGAUCGAGACUCAAAGUUGCGGGCGAAACGGGCUCGCAAAGACUACGAAGCUGAGGAAUGGGAUGGAUUUUCUGAAAAUGAUGAUGCUUCUGCAGUGGAUUCUGGCGAGCCUACAAUAAAAACGCCAAAAUCGGACAACCUAUCAAACAAGGCAGCUUUUUUUUUCGAUCAAGAUAUUUUCCAAGAAUUGGGAGGUCUUGAUGAGGCUGAAGAUGACGACAGUGCUAUUGAUAUCGACGUCGAUACAGAACCAAAGGAAAAAAUAGAUUCAAACAAAAAGCCAGCACCUGAGUCGAAGUCGAAAUCGAAAUCGAAGAAUACACCGGCACCGGUGGGUACGCAAGAAGAUGAAUGGGAGUCUUCCGAUGAAGAUGCUCAAUCAGCAGAGCCUAGAAAGAAGGAUGGUCGUUUAGAUAUUGAUAUCAUCACGGCGGAGGCAAUGGUUCUUGCACAGCAAAUCGCCACAGGCGAGAAAACAUCCCAGGAUGUAGUGGAUGACGGCUUUAAUAAACUUGCGUUCCGAGAUACCGACGGAUUGCCGGAAUGGUUCUUGGAGGAUGAGACCAAGCAUAGCCGUCCGCACCGGCCGAUUACCAAAGCCGCGGCAGAAGCAAUCAAAGAAAAGUUGCGGGCCAUCAAUGCCCGGCCUAUCAAGAAGGUCCGUGAAGCGAAGGCCCGGAAGAAGUUCAAGGCUACUCAGCGAAUCGAGAAACUGCGCAAGAAGUCCGCUCUUAUCGCUGAGGAUGAGGGCGUGAGCGAGAGGGAUAAAGCGCAGGCGAUCUCAAGAUUGAUGAGCAGGGCGGCCAAGAAGAAGCCGAAGCAACAAGUCAAACUUGUUGUUGCGAAAGGUGCUAAUAGAGGCAUCUCUGGUCGUCCUCGCGGCGUGAAGGGCAAGUACAAGAUUGUAGACUCGCGGAUGAAGAAAGACAUCAGGGCUCAAAAGAGGGUGGCCAAGAAGCAGAAAAGGUGAUGCCAACAAUUUUCAUAGUACAUAUCUCCAAAAUAUACACGCACAAGUAGCAAGAGCAUAGCCUUGUUGCAUGGCUAUACAGUAUACACAUACCAGAGCAGUAGAGCAGUAGAGCAGUAAG